GUUCUCUUUAAGUUCCGUCCAGAUGUCUCCUCGGCGCACAAGUCCAAAUUCGUCUCCGAAUUAAAAACCCUCAAGACCUUACCCUGCGUCCUAGACGGUCGCUUGAUAGUCGGGGGACCCUCAAUUACGGAUCCCAUCGAAAGGAGUAAAGGAUUUGAGUUUGCGCUUCUAAGUUACCAUCGCAAUCGUGAAGCCCUGGCAGAGUAUCAGGCCAGCAAGGAACAUCAUAGGGUGACGAGUACAUAUAUGUUCCCGUAUAAGGAAGAUUUGUUUCGGUUCGAUUUUGAAGUUGAUAGUGAGGAUGAAUAUAUGUGUCAAGGGAUUGGGAAUGCACUGCUGAAAGGACUGGUGGCGCCGCCGUCAGAGCAAGAGGAGAGAAAUCAGAACGGAGAGAGAGAGAAUAGAGUUCAAGUCGAGAAAAGAGUAUAA